AUGACCAGCAGCGAUAGCUCACCAUGGCUCUACAAGGCGGCGGCAGUUGCAUCAACUGUGGCGUUGGCAGCGGGUGCGGGUUACGUGAUUUAUAAGUAUGUCCUCGCGCCGGAGCCAGAAACGGAGCCGGAGGCGGAGGCUGCGCCCAUCUCCAUGCAGGCCCUGCUAACGGGCGGAGCUGCGAAACCAGCACCAAAAGGCGGCCGCGGCACCGGAGUCCCCGUCCGAAAAACACCGACCCCUCCAAAGCCACGCGGCGGGCCAUCCCUUCCCACCCGAAAGUCACCGGGCAGCAAGACCUCGCCGCCUCCCCCGGCCACAGCCACGCCCGCGGACACCCCCGAUGCUGAUGCCGAAGAUUCCAGCGCCGCGGCGCCGGCCGCUUCUGACACCACUUCCUCUGCCUCUAGCACUGAGACCUCUGCGGCAGGAGCGAAGUCCGCUGCGGCCGCAGCGGGGCUCAAGGCAUGUGCCUGCUGUCAGAAACCUCUUAACCGCGGCGGCUUGCCGCAGCGCUGCGGCCAAUGCAAGGCCGUGUACUAUUGUUCCGUCGUCUGCCAGAAGAAGCACUGGACCGAACACAAGCCCAACUGCUCCAAGGCGGGCGGCGGCAAGCCUGACACCGCUUCCACUUCCACUACCAACUCCACCAGUGCGCCCACAAGCCCCGAUGAAAAGCAAGCAAGUUCCCCAACGGAGAAGCCAGAAGCCGCUGCCGCCACCUCCGCUGAUCUUGACGGCCCUGCGGCCGGCACCAGCAGCAGCGGCGACGCUAGCGGAGGCGGGGGCGGCGGCGGAGGCGGCAGCUCCGCCGCCGCCGCCAGCUCCUCCUCUGGCGGCCUGCAGGGAGCCCUCGUGGAGGUCCUUCGGCAGGCAGCUGAGAAGGGAGCGGGCACAUUGGAUGGCGCGUUUGAGGAGGCGGUGAUGCACUUCCUUGGAGGCAAGCUCUCCACAGCUUUGGCCGCCUUCCAGUCGCUGCAGACGGCCGCACGCGAACAGAAACGCAACGACCUGGUUCUGGAGCUGCACAAAUGGCUGGGGCACACACACACCAAGCUGGGCAGCUUUGGCGCCGCUGCGGACGCCUUCCAGGCUGGCAUUGACGAGGCCAAGGCUGCUGGGAACACCGCCGCGCAGGUGGACAACUCGGUGGGGCUGGGCAACCUGCGCAAGGUCGCCGGGCAGCUGACCCAGGCCGCUGAGGUGCUCAAGGACGCGCUGGUGGUGGCCCAGGCGGCCGGGAGCGCGGGAAUGCAGAGCGAGGUGUUGGUGGCGUUGGGCAAUGUUGUGAUGGCGGUGGACCCCGAGGAGGGCCUUACGUGUCUGCAGAUCGCCGUGAAGCUGCGGGAGGAUGAGGUCGCCAAGGCGGCUGAGACCGGCGACCGGGCGGCCAUGGCCACGGGCAUGAUGCAGGCGGCAGCAGCUAUGGUCAAUAUGGCAGCAGCCCUGUUCGCCACCAAGCGGUUCGAACAAGCGAAGCAGGCGUACGAGCAGGCCAUGGAGAUAUUCGAACUAAUGGAGGACCGCGACAAGGUCAUCCAGGUGCUCAUCAACUUGGCCAACCUCGCGGAGCUGCAGAUGGAUGACCCAGCUGAGGCGCUGUCGUACAGGAACAAGCUGGCAGCGGCUCUCCGGGAGGCCAGUCACCCAGGCAUUGCCGGGGGCGCAGCCACGGCACCUUGCGGUGUGUGCAAGGACCCCAUCGCCAUCUACAAGGCACGAACCAAAGACGACGAGCACGGACCCAUGGUUCUGUUAGGCUGUCUACAUGUGCAGCACGACGACUGCUUCAAGGAAUGGAGCGAGCAAACGCACGACGAGGCGGUGGCGGCGGCGCUCGGCGGAAAAAAGAGAGGACUCCCAGAAGGGCCCCCAGCCGCGAACCGGCGGCUGCGACACCUAACACGGCAGGCGCAGCAGCAGUGCCUCCUGAACCGCCACUUGAAUGCCACUGCCAUCAUGCAACCUGAGUGA